AUGGCCAUAAGCUUUGCUAUAGGCGACUUCAUUGAAGGCGGCGUUAUCACCGCGGUCAUCGUCCUAAACAUCGUUGUCGGUUUCUGGCAGGACUACCGAGCCGAAAAGACUAUCGAAUCUCUCAAAAAGCUCACCGCACCUGAAGCUACCGUCACCCGCGAUGGCACAAUGGAUAUCAAGGUCAAGGCAGUGGAUCUGGUCCCUGGCGACAUCGUCCAGCUGUCUGUUGGCAGCAUCGUCCCCGCCGAUCUUCGCCUUAUCGAUGGUGUCAACGCAUACACCAAUGAGGCCUUUCUCACGGGAGAAUCCGCGCCUGUAGAAAAGACACCAUGGAAAACCUUCGAUGAUGAUGACCUGGCUACUGGUGAUCGAACCAACCUUGCUUUCUCUGGUAGCGAGAUAACAUCUGGUCGCUGCCGCGGCAUCGUCGUCGCCACUGGUAUGAACACUGAAGUCGGAAAGAUUGCUACCAUGCUCCGUCAGAAGAAGGAUGCCGGUCCACAAUCUGCCAACGUGGUUGGUAGACUCUUCCAGCGUUUCAUCAGUGGCGGUAAGACUAUCCUAGGUCUCGUCGGAACCCCACUGCAAAUCACACUUAGCAAGUUUGCUCUCCUACUCUUUGGUCUUGCCAUACUCCUUGCCAUUAUUGUCUUCUCUGCAAGCAAGUGGCAAGUGGGGGGCGAGGUUCUCAUCUACGGUAUCUGUGUCGCCGUCGCUGUUAUCCCAGAGUCGCUGAUUGCCGUUCUCACCAUCACAAUUGCAGUCGGAGGCAAGGCGAUGGCCAAGGCCAAUGUUAUCACCAGGGUCCAGUCAGCCAUCGAAGCCGUCGGCGGGGUCACGAAUAUCUGUUCUGAUAAAACGGGUACCCUCACUCAGGGACGCAUGGUGGCAAAGACGGCCUUGAUACAAGGCGCUGGCGUUUUCACUGUCGACGCCAUCACUGACCCCUACAACCCUGGUAGUGGAAGUGUAUCCAUGAACAGCCAAGGUCUCAACCUCAAUGACUUUACGCCCAACUCCGAUGUUGCUCGUUUCCUACGCACCAUAGCUCUGUGCAACAACUCCAAGGUCAUACCGCCAUCAGAAUCGCGCUCUGUCUCCCCAAGCGAUAGGAAAGCUGGCAUGGAUCAAUCGACCAUUGGAGAUGAUCGCGAUACCGAUGCUUCCACCAUCGACACUAUCUCACGCCCGCCCACUGCCAUCGUCGAGAAUAUACCGAGUGGUACCUGGGUCGCACAUGGGGAGCCCACCGAAGUCGCUUUACACAUUCUCGCCUCCCGUUUUAACAAGGGCAAGGAAGAAAUACUAGCUACCCACAACAUCCACCUGGCUACCGAGUUCUCUUUUGACUCCAAGGUCAAAAAGAUGACUGUAGUCUACAAGGACAACUACACUGGUCACAUGGAUGCCUACACCAAGGGAGCAACAGAGUUUAUGAUGCCUGCGCUCAACGUCUCUGAACAGCAAAAAGCCGAGAUCCUCGAAGCCGCCGAAAGCAUGGCCAACCAAGGUCUUCGUGUUCUCUGCAUCGCCCACAAACCGCUCCAACCUGGCACCGACAUUUCCGAACGUGAGGUCGUCGAAGCCAACCUCAACUAUCUCGGUCUUGUCGCCAUCUACGACCCACCUCGCUUGGAAACCAAGGGUGCGGUCCGCGAAUGCAAGAUUGCUGGCAUCACAGUCCACAUGCUCACUGGCGACCAUCCUGGUACGGCCCGAGCCAUUGCCAAGGAUGUAGACAUCAUCGACGAUCGCACACCUGCAUCAGCCGUUAUGGUCGCCAAGGACUUUGACAGAAUGACUGAUGAGGAGGUCGACUCCAUGGAGACACUGCCUCUUGUCAUUGCCAGAUGUAGUCCAACGACCAAAGUCAAAAUGGUACAAGCUCUUCACAGAAGGGGUCGCUUCUGCGUCAUGACUGGUGACGGAGUCAACGACUCGCCAGCACUGAAGCAAGCCAACGUUGGCAUGGCCAUGGGUACUGGUAGCGAUGUCGCCAAGGAUGCUGCUGAGAUGAUCCUUACCGAUGACAACUUUGCUUCCAUCGUCAAAGCGGUUGAAGAAGGUCGACGCCUGUUUGACAACAUCCAGAAGUUUCUCAUGCAUCUCCUCAUAUCCAACAUCGCUCAAGUCAUCCUCCUACUCAUCGGCCUCGCCUUCAAAGACCGAGAUAACCACUCCGUCUUUCCGCUCUCCCCCAUCGAGAUUCUCUGGGUCAACCUCAUCACCUCCUCCUUCCUCGCCAUCGGUCUCGGCCUCGAGGAAAGCCAGGAAGACAGCAUGUACCGCCCACCGCACGACAACAAAAAGGGCGUCUUCACCGCCGAGUUGAUCACUGAUAAGUUCAUCUACGGUUUCUUCAUGGGCGCACUCUGUCUCUUUUCCUUCGCCAUCGUCGCCUACGUCGGUCCUGGUGGCGGAGACCUCGGCCACGGCUGCAACGAAAGCUACAACAACACCUGCAACGUCGUCUUCCGUGCUCGCGCUACCACAUACGCCACCAUCACGCUCCUCCUACUCGUCACAGCUUGGGAAGUCAAACACUUCUCGCGCUCCCUGUUCAACAUGUAUCCCAACACACCAACGUCGGCGCCACCCGGUCUGUCAAUCUUCCCCACCUUGUGGCGCAACCGCUUCCUCUUCUUUGCGGUCAUUGCGGGAUUGUUUAUCAUGUUCCCCAUUGUUUAUAUCCCGGUCAUCAAUGAGAAGGUGUUUAAACAUGCUGCUAUAGGUUGGGAGUGGGGUGUGUCGUUUGGCUGCGUCGUCAUCUACAUUAGUGCUAUUGAGUGCUGGAAGGCGGUCAAGCGCGCGUUGGGGAUUUGGUCGGGGGCGCAUCGCGUUAUUAGUCGCGAGGAUGCCGAGGCGAGGGCGGGUUUGAGUGGAGGUGUUGCUGCUUUGAGGGAGAAGUAG